UCCACAUUUUAUGUCCCCACGUAUAUUCUUGAAAUUGUACACACACUAUAGUUUUGACUCAUAAAUAAUUCAACACACAACACAUUCUCAAGAAAGAAAGAAAAAAAUGUCUAGUCUUAAAGUUCCAGCAUCAGUUCCAGAUCCUUAUGAAGAUGCUGAGCAACUGAAAAAAGCUUUUAAAGGAUGGGGAACAAAUGAGGAUCUUAUUAUUCAGAUUCUGGCACAUAGGAAUGCAGCACAGCGCAAGUUAAUCCGAGAUUCUUAUGCUGCUGCUUAUGGAGAGGAUCUUCUCAAGGACUUGGAUUCUGAACUGUCAAGUGAUUUUCAGCGUGUAGUGCUUCUCUGGACUUUGAGUCCUGCUGAGCGUGACGCCUACUUGGUUAAUGAAGCUACCAAACGUCUGACUGCUAGCAAUUGGGUUAUCAUGGAAACUGCUUGUACCAGGUCUUCUGAUGAUCUUUUUAAGGCAAGGCAGGCCUACCAUGCUCGAUACAAGAAAUCACUUGAAGAAGAUGUUGCUUAUCACACAAGUGGGGAUUUCCGUAAGCUUUUGAUUCCUCUUAUAACUGCAUUCAGAUAUGAAGGAGAUGAGGUGAACAUGACAUUGGCAAGAAAGGAAGCAAAUAUACUGCAUGAGAAGAUCUCUGACAAGGCUUACAAUGACGAGGAGAUCAUCCGAAUUAUUUCUACUAGGAGUAAAGCACAGCUGAGUGCAACGUUCAACCACUACAAUGAUCACCAUGGCCAUGAAAUCAUCAAGGAUCUGGAAGCUGAUGAUGAUGAUGAUGAGUACCUGAAAUUACUCAGAGCAGCAAUAGAAUGCUUGAAAACCCCAGAGAAAUACUUUGAGAAAGUUCUUCGAUUGGCUAUCAAGAAGCUGGGCACAGACGAAUGGGAUCUUACUAGAGUUGUCGCCACUCGGGCUGAAGUUGACAUGGAGCGUAUCAAAGAAGAGUACCAUAGGAGGAACAGUGUUACAUUGGACCGUGCAAUUGCUGCAGACACUUCAGGAGACUAUGAAAAAAUGCUUCUGGCUUUGAUUGGGCACGGAGAUGCUUGAAUUACAUGUGCUGAAACCUUGAGAUAAUAAAAACUCUUUACUUGUUUUCUGAAGUUUGAAUUUGCUUUUAUGAUGUGUGGUGUGUACUCUCCGGGUUUGGUUUUUGCAUUAUAUGAACUAAAACAUUAAGGUGUUGUGUUUUGUUUUCUCCUUUCGGACUUCUACUGGUUUUGCCUGCUAAAUAAGCAUAGCUCCAACUUCGGAGCGAGCACAAUCGCAUAAGCUUUUAUUAUA